AUGGAGAGAGAUAGCAUCCGGUAUGUUCAAAAGUGUCAUCAGUGUCAAAUGCAUGGAGAUUUUAUACGGGUUCCACCGAAUGAGCUCAAUGUGAUGGGUUCCCCUUGGCCAUUUGCCGCUUGGGGCAUGGAUGUUGUUGGACCCACAGAGCCUCUUGCGUCAAAUGGACAUCAAACAAUCAUAAUAGAUAAUGUGGCCAACCUUAAUAGCGAUCUUAUGAAGGAAACUUGUGAAAGAUUCAAGAUUGCUCAUCGAAAUUCCACAGUUUACCGGCCACAAAUGAAUAGAGCAGUUGAGGCUGCAAAUAAGAAUAUCAAGAAGAUUUUAAGGAAAAUAGUAGACAGUCACAGGCAAUGGCAUGAGAAGCUACCAUAUGCUUUACUCGGUUAUCGCACCACGAUCAGAACAUCAACUGGGGCAACUCCUUAUAUGUUGGUUUAUGGUUCAAAAGCAGUAAUACUCGCCAAGGUGGAAAUACCAUCUUUAAGGAUUAUCCAAAAGGUUGGUCUGGACGAUGUGGAAUGGAUACGUAGCAGUCCUGAACAUUUGAUGCUCAUCGAUGAAAAGAGGAUGAACGCGGUUUGUCAUGGACAACUCUAUCAGAAUAGAAUGACCAAAGCCUUCAACAAGAAAGUCAAACCUCGAAAGUUCACAUCGGGGCAGUUAGUAUUAAAGAAGAUCUUUCCUCACCAAGGAGAAGCCAAAGGGGAAUUUGCACCAACUUGGCAAGGACCCUACAUGGUUCAUAGAGUACUCUCUUGA